GCAAGCUCUGGGAGUUGGUGAUGGACAGGGAGGCCUGGUGUGCUGCAGUCUAUGGGGUCCCAAAGAGUCAGACAUGACUGAGCGAUUGAACUGAACUGGACCUAGAUGCAAUGAUGGGGACCCUUCCUGGUUAUAUUCCUUUAUUUAUAAGCCUUUAGCUUUGCCUCGUCUGUGCAGACCCUGGACUGGGACCAGAUGCAGAGAUGAAUCAACCAGACACUUAGCCACUCACGGGUGAGAAGGACAAGGUACAGAAGCACAGGGAAGGGGUCCUAACCCAGGGGAGCGGGGAGAGAGAUGGGCAUGGAGAAGGCACCUCCACCUGGCUUCCCUCAUGCAAGCAGGGUGCCUGAGAGCUCUGGCCCGGGGCCCUCUUCUGGCAUUGACACUCAGCUGCACUUAAGACAAGUUACUUCAAAACUCUGGUUUUCAGUUCCUCAUCUGGGAAAUGAGGGUAAUAGUAUUGGUUGCCUCAAAGGGUUGUCCAGAGAAUUCGAUGAGAUGGUUCAUGUAAGACUGCUUGCCCUGGGAAGUGGGCACCAUUAGCAUCCCCACCUUUCAGAUGAGGCACAGAGAGGUGAAGCAACCUGCCCACAGCCACACAGCAAGUAGAGAGCACACCCAAGUCAUCUGGCUCCUAAGUCUGUGCUCUCAACCAUCUUCCCUACUGCGCUGCUCCUAGUGUGCUGUGCUUGGUUGAUCAGUCGUCUCUGAUUCUUUGCAACCCCAUGGACUAUAUAAGCCACCAGGCUCCUCUGUCCAUGGGGAUUCUCCAGGCAAGAAUACUGGAGUGGGUUGCCCCACCCUCUCUAGGGCAUCUUCCCAACCCAGGGAUCGAGCCCAGGUUUCUGCAUUGUAAGCAGAUCCUUUACCAUUUGAACCACCACAGAAGCCCGUCCCGCUCUUACAAGGGGCUCGUGUACCUGUUCGCUCGGAUAUGACUCUGAAAGAUUGUUAGGCAGAGAGUGAUCAGGAGGAGGGGGCAACAUGGGCAGAUAGUCCUGCAUGGACAAAGGCUUGAGGAGCACUCAGAUUCAGGCGCGAUGGAGAGCAGGGUGUAGGUGGAGAGCCAUCAGACAGGACAGCCAAGGCUGGAGGUGGGAAACUGGGGCUGGAGUUGUAGGUGGGAGAAGAGUGUUGGUGUGGGAUGAGGGCGCCGGGCAGGGCUGGGGUGUGAGGCUGUUGGACUCAGGUUUACCUCGGCUCAGUCUAGCAGCUUCGGGCCAGUGUAGGCUCUGGGCCCCAGAGGAGCCACCCUCCACCCACCUGAUAUUUCCUGGAUUCCAGCUGCAGCUUCUGCAGGCAAAGGAGCCCUUGUGGUCAGAGGGGCCUCUGGAGCCCAGGCGGGGAGACUCCUUCCCUCCCUCCCUGGCACACACACCUCCAUUCAGCCUGGCCCCGCCUUCCAAGGGGGCUGACCCCACGUUAGUGGGGGGCCCGCCUGACUGGGAGGCUGGGCCAGCAGGCAUCGAGGUUAAUAAGACCUGGCCCCCACCGGCCCCCACGACUGUGCUGCUACUGCCCGUGUGCCAGAACCAUGAGGGCACUCAGUGGUCCCCGCCCCGUGCUCUGUGGCCUGUUGCUGCUGCUGUUCCAGGCCCCAUGUGCCUCUGGCCUCGCCCCGCUGUCCAGAGGGCACCUCUGCUGGACCCGGCCCACCGACCUGGUGUUCGUCGUCGACAGCUCACGCAGCGUGCGGCCCGUGGAGUUUGAGAAGGUGAAGGUGUUCCUAUCCCAGGUCAUCGAGUCACUGGACGUGGGGCCCAAUGCCACCCGCGUGGGCCUGGUCAACUACGCCAGCUCCGUGAAGCAGGAGUUCCCGCUGCGGGCCCACAGCUCCAAGGCUGAGCUGCUGCAGGCCGUGCGCCGCAUCCAGCCGCUGUCCACGGGCACCAUGACGGGUCUGGCCAUCCAGUUCGCCAUCACCAAGGCCUUAAGCGAUGCAGAGGGUGGUCGCCCCAGGUCCCCCGACAUUAGCAAGGUGGUCAUCGUGGUCACGGACGGGAGGCCCCAGGACAGCGUGCGGGACGUGUCUGCGCGGGCCCGGGCCGGCGGCAUCGAGCUGUUCGCCAUCGGCGUGGGCCGCGUGGACAAAGCCACGCUGCAGCAGAUUGCCAGCGAGCCGCAGGACGAGCACGUCGACUACGUGGAGAGCUACAGCGUUAUCGAGAAGCUGUCCAAGAAGUUCCAGGAGGCCUUUUGCUUGGUGUCAGAUCUGUGUGCCACGGGCGACCAUGACUGUGAGCAGGUGUGUGUCAGCUCCCCGGGCUCCUACACCUGUGCCUGCCGCGAGGGCUUCACCCUGAACAGUGACGGCAAGACCUGCAAUGUCUGCAACGGUGGCGGGGGCAGUUCGGCUACUGACCUGGUCUUCCUCAUUGAUGGGUCCAAGAGUGUGCGGCCGGAGAACUUUGAGCUGGUGAAGAAGUUCAUCAACCAGAUUGUGGACACGCUGGAUGUAUCGGACAAGUUGGCCCAGGUGGGGCUGGUACAGUACUCAAGCUCUGUGCGCCAGGAGUUCCCGUUGGGCCGCUUCCACACCAAGAAGGACAUCAAGGCAGCUGUGCGGAACAUGUCCUACAUGGAGAAGGGCACCAUGACUGGGGCUGCCCUCAAGUACCUCAUCGAUAAUUCCUUCACUGUGUCCAGCGGGGCUAGGCCUGGUGCCCAGAAGGUGGGCAUUGUCUUCACUGAUGGCCGGAGCCAGGACUACAUUAACGAUGCUGCCAAGAAAGCCAAGGACCUUGGCUUUAAAAUGUUUGCUGUGGGUGUGGGCAAUGCCGUGGAGGAUGAGCUGAGGGAAAUCGCCUCGGAGCCCGUGGCAGAGCACUAUUUUUACACAGCUGACUUCAAGACCAUCAACCAGAUUGGCAAGAAGUUGCAGAAGAGGAUCUGUGUGGAGGAAGACCCGUGUGCUUGCGAGUCCAUCGUGAAAUUCCAGACCAAAGUGGAGGGGCUGCUGCAGGCCCUGACCCGGAAGCUGGAAGCUGUGAGUAAGCGGCUGGCCAUCCUGGAGAACAGAAUCGUCUAAGCCCGCCUGUCCCCAGUGCAGCUCACGGAGCCCUGCGUGUGUCCCCUGGAGCCCAAGUUUAGUCUAGCUUUGCCAGUUCAGCGAGAGGGGUUUGGGAGGUGGGGUCCCAGGACAGGACUGGGCUUUUUCCUCUCUCACCCUUCGAGCCUGGGGGGAGUGUGCGUUUGAGUGUGUGUGUGCUGGGAGAGUGUGCCUGUUCGGGAGCGCACGCGUGUAUGUGUGUGUGUGUGUGUGUGUGUGUGUGUACACCCAAGGGUAGGCAUGUGACUAGGAACAUGAGUGAGAACACAGGGGUGAGUGUGGGAGGAACUGCGUUUGCAUUUUUUUUUAAUCAAAAGCUUAAUAUAUUCCUGUUUGUUUUUUUCAGUUCACUCUUUCUUGACUGUGAGUGCUGUGAAUUUCUUUUCUGGUUUCUGUAUUCCCUUUUGAAAAACCAUUAAAUGUGAUUUAACGUAAGCAGUGAA